CGAGGUGCGGAGUUGGCUCGUUGGGAGAGAGCCGUAGACUUCAUCAACGCUAACGAAUCACGUAUAUCCACGGAGACACGUGUGCUUCGUGGCGGACAGGAGUGCGAUGUUUGGAAAUGGAUUCCAGCAAAACGUACCGGCUGGCAGGGAUCGGCUUUCGCACCUCCUCCGGGGAUGAGCGUACCGUCGUCAUCAAAAGUGUUGUCACCGAACAUCCCAGUCGAAGCUCUCACACGUUGUCUAAAGAUCAGAGAUAUGUUUGGCAAAGAAGAUGUUGACGAACAGGAAGUGGACGUGGAUGGAAUUAAGCGAGCGCUAAGAGAGAAGAUCUAUCCUGUGGUGCCGUUGCAUAUCGGUGUGGAUGUAAAAUCACCAGAAGGCGUCGUCUUCAUGAAACUUGCGAACAAGGACGAUGCCAAAGCUGCUUUCACUGCUCUACAUGGAGAUUGGUACAGCGGU